AUGGUGGCCAAAUUCCGUCGAUCACUUUCCUUCCCCAACAACAACAACCAAACAUCAUCAAAACCCACAAAAACCCUCCACGUCAGAUCGACAAGUCUCCCCUGCAGAUCUCAUCACCCAAUAAUCUCUCUUCUCAAAGAUCAAAUCAACGAUCUCAAAUCAUCUUCAUCAUCUUCUUCUUCAACAAUCCCCAAUAUACUCUGUCACAGAUUAACCCAACUCAAAACCAUCCACGAAUCACUCGAAGAUCUCCUCCACCUCCCCCAAACAAAAGAUUCACUUCGCAACCAAUUCAAUAACUACGAGAAUCUUCUAGAAGACUUCCUCCACUUUCUCGACGUUUACGGAACCUUCCAAACCCUUCUCCUCUCUCUAAAACAACAACUUUCCUCCACCCAAGUCGCCAUUCGAUCUAAAAACAUCAAAUUUGAAGAUUACAUCAAAACCCUCAAGAAACUUGCCAAAAAAAUCUCUGGCCUUUCCUCCACUAUCCGAUUAGCCGGCGCCGAUAAUCAAUCCGGCGAUACAGAGCUGGGUGAAGUCAUAAGGGAUGUUAAGGAGGUGACGAUUACGGUUUCGAUUGCCCUGUUUAGCGGCGUUUCGAAACCGUUCUUGCCGGAGAAGAAGGGGUGGAGAUUUGGAUUGAGAUUGAACAAAAGGGUGAAGAUAGAUCAUCAUCAGGAAAUUUGUUUAAUGGGAUUAUUGAGAAAGAAAGGGGAGGAAUUACAAGUGAAGAUGGUUUUGAAAAGGAUGCAUGAAUUGGAGAAUUGGAUUGAUGAGAUUGAGAGUUUUAGUGAGAAGAUAUACAGGAGUUUGAUUAAUACAAGAGUGUCAUUAUUAAAUGUUUUAACUAAUUAG